AAUGAAAAUAUUCAAGGACAGUGAACCUGACAGGAUAGCACUGUGUGAUGAGCUAAAUAUCCUUAAUAACAGACUGACGGCGUCAUCGUAUCUUGAAGACAGAAUAUCAGCUAUAAAUUCUCUAAAAGAGAUUGCUGAGAAGAAUCCUAACGAGAUAGGAAUAUACAGCAUGGCAUCAGUCAUUGAGUCGAUGCAAUAUUUCGUGCAUCGGAAUCAUUUUGAGGUUCUAAGUAGCAUCUUCCGAUCUUCCAACGGACAGGAAUUCCAGGAGAUAUUCUUGAAAAUAGAAAAAUACGUGCAGAUAUUGAUAAACGCACGUAACAAGCGUGGUACAGACAUUCUGGUACUUUUGGCUGCAAAGGAUCAUUCAAAAGUUGGCAGAGCCUUCACUAACAACGAGAAACAGUUCACGUAUUUCAAGAAAAUUGACGAAAGGGCAUUCAGGCUAAUCGAUAUUCUGAUCCGUGACGUAUCUUUCAAAAAGAAAUUGGUUGAAAAUGGUAUAUUUGAAAGGAUAUUUGAAUUGUUGCAUGAGCAGAACCACAUUAAAUCGUGCUUCGGCAUCAUAGCGAAUCUGCUCCACGAUUCUUUCGAGUGCCAGGACUACUUCUACAACACCGAAUGGAAAAGGAUCCUUGAACCGUAUCGAAAUCGCUAUCCACACUAUUAUUUUAAUGUGUUAGAAAAACUUUUAGAUACGAGAAACAUAAAUUUUGCAAAAAUGCAAGCGGAUUUAAAAAAAAUAGAGCUGGUCACAAAGGCGCUUGAAAUGAAGCGGUAUGACUUUGUAUUCAUAUUUUUUUACAAUAGAGUAGGAUUGGAUGCAUUUAUGAAGGACUUCGAUUAUUAUAGUUUUUUCUUAAAAACAGAAAGAAGGAGAGAGCUGCUUAAGAUAUACUUCUUGGUGACCACGCCUUUCAAUCUAGAGACUAUUGAUUUAAACAAUGAAUACACGUGUUACUUUUUGGCUUGCUAUUUUUUUAAGAGAUUUUACGAGGAAGUACACACUGAAAAGAUUAUUUCUGAACUAUCGAACGUAAAUUUGACGGUAAAAGACAGCGAAAUGGCACAUAACAAGCGAGAAGAAGAGGAAGAAUUGGAACGAACUGGUAAUGAAAUGAAUAACAAAAACGAUACCACACAUUUAUUUGAUGAAGAAGGUGCUGAUGAAGAAGUAGCCACUGAGGAAUUUUAUACGAAAAUAAACCUGACGAACAGCACGGCCGUACCGCAAGACUUUUUAUCAUCCUAUUACAGCUUUAUAGAUCUGUGUCAGCAGGAGUUACAGAGGUUCACCGAGCGAUCUACUUAUUUUGUAAUUGGUUUAUUCAUUUUCUUGAACAUAAUGAAAACAAAACUCAUUUUAACUGAAUCGCACAUCGCAAGUAUGCUCGCUUUUGUGAAAGAUGAUACACAAAAUGCAAUUGUUAAAGGUCUGAUCAUUCUAUUAGUUGAUACACACGCUUUGACCGGCAAUAACGAGGAAAACCUGAUGUUUUAUGUGCGCGAACUCAGAAAGUAUUUCUGUUGUGGACAAAAUAUCCUACACGAAAACGUUAAUGAUUUAUUUGUACUGCUUAUAACCGAACGGAUCAAGGUUUUACAAGAAAUUAUUGGGAGCCGGGAGCCUGUCGGCUUUAGCUCAGAACAGGAACUUAACAAAGAGGAAAGUAAAAAAAUUAACACGUCCAAUGAAGAAGAUGAUCAUCUUUACAAGAAAUCACCUAAGGAUGUUUUUCGCACCAUCAUGAGCAACGUAUCAUCAAAAUUCACCACCAGUGAUGAGGAUGAUUCUUUCAACCUAUAGUAGUAACAAUGUCA